AUGGAAAAUGAAUAUCAAUUUAAUUAUGAUGAAAUCAAACGAAUAUUUGAAAGUGUUCCACAAACAAAUGUAAUACAGAAAAAUAUUAAACCGGGAGCAUAUAAAACUCGCUUUCAGGCUCGUACAAAAUCAUCAAUUAUUGUUAACAAUGAUAAACAUACAAUAGAAACUGCUUCAAAUACAAAUUCAUUAAUGACAAAUCAAAUUAAUCAAAUAUCAACAAAACAAUUUUCAUUUUAUUUACAACGUAUUCGUGUUUAUCAAAUAAUGCAAACUGAACAAUUUUGUUUACAAUCACAACACGAUUUUUAUGUGAUAUCAAAUAUUAUGUAA